CAACAAGGCGUCUCCUAGCUCCAUAUCUUCCUUCGGUCUCUGGCUGGGCGAUCUUUGCGCAGAUGUGGAACAGCUAUCAUGCCUGGCGUGAUCCUCAACGCCCAAAGGACUAUCCCACUUUACUUCGAAUCAUAAGGCAACUCUGUCUUCAAAAAAUCUAUACAUCAGCGGUCUGUGUGGGACUUAAUAUUUUCUUGGCCGUACGGGUAGCUAGUCUCCUACAUGCUGCACGCGAUGGAGACGUGGUCACCAGAAAAGAGAAUGCUUGGACAACUCUGCAUCUCAUCGUUUUACUUCGGACUGUUUUUGCCAGGAGCAGGACGUGAGAAACUAAAUAGCCGUGUCGUGAUACCAAAUCAAAUCGUGUCACUACAAGACUUUGACCAACUACCUGACGAGAUGACGAACGCAAACGCAAACAGAACAACUACUGCGAGGGCAUUAGGUGGCGCUACAGCAUCUACGUCAACUACUAGUACAAAUUCUUGUAGUGCAAAAACAGGAAAUGGAGUAGAGGCACAAAUCAAGUCUGCAGCUGUUGUUCGUACGUCAACUACAACAACAAAGUGGCCGUGUUCAACAUCGUCCGAUGAACAGUAG